GAACGAUGGGAGGGAGGUAAACAAGAUGGCGGCAGCCUUGAAGCAGCAGCUUGUGUGAAGAACGGUUGAUAGAAAAUAAACGAACGGUAAGCAGAGGAGGAAUAAAGGAGAGCCUUUUCAUACGUCGACGGGUCGUGUUAAUGAAUGCCGACCUCAGGUAUUUUGGAUGUUCAUUUUCUCAAUAAUGCUGAACAGAAGUUGGAAAUCGUAGUUCCCCAUCGCACGUUCCAGAGGAGACGGCGCUCAUGGUUGUGUGGUGACCCGACAGCACUGACAUUCUAAACACACAGAGAGGGUUUCGGCGGAUUCACAUGUGCAGACACUGCUGGAUGCUUUUGACUGCACAAGAUUUAGCCGACGUGUCUGCAGAGAUGUGCUGGGUUCCCAUGAUUCCAAGCGUGGGCUAAUCCAAGCCUCUUGACCAAAGACACCAAACACUUGUGACCCUCGGGAGGUGCUGUAGUUUCUGUGGUGUGUGGAGCCGUCGAGUGGAUAACAGACGUGGACAUCAGCAAUGCGACUGCUGCGGUUCUCCAGGCCUGACUCGGUUCUAGUGUUGUCCUACUAACUGUUUUUGCUCGAUCAGGACUGCGCCUAACUUUCUUUGGAAAAGCAUUUUUCAUUGAGGCUUAGAACACACUGAGAGAGUGAGAGGGCAGAGAAAAUGAGCUUGGGUGGUGAACUUCAACAAUUGGAUUACCUGACGGAGAAUGAGCUCAUGGGAAUGGACACCUUCAUCCACCGCAUCGACUCCAGCGAUGUCAUCUACCAGCCCCGCCGCAAGCGUGCAAAGCUGAUCGGGAAGUAUCUGAUGGGUGAUUUGUUGGGAGAAGGCUCGUACGGGAAGGUAAAGGAGAUGCUGGACUCGGAGACGUUGUGUCGCAGAGCCGUAAAGAUCCUGAAGAAGAAGAAACUGAGGAGGAUUCCUAACGGAGAGGCCAAUGUGAAGAAAGAGAUUCAGCUGCUGAGACGACUGCAGCACAAGAACAUCAUUCAGCUGGUCGAUGUGCUGUACAAUGAGGAGAAGCAGAAAAUGUAUAUGAUCAUGGAGUAUUGUGUGUGUGGGAUGCAGGAGAUGUUGGACAGUGUUCCGGAGAAAAGAUUUCCAGUGUUCCAAGCUCACGGGUACUUCUGUCAGCUGUUGGAUGGUCUUGAAUACUUGCACAGCCAGGGAAUCGUGCACAAAGACAUCAAACCAGGGAAUUUGCUGCUGACCACAGACGGGGCGUUGAAGAUCUCUGACUUGGGUGUAGCAGAGGCUCUACGCCCCUUCGCAGAGGAUGACACGUGUCGGACGAGCCAAGGGUCUCCAGCGUUCCAGCCGCCCGAGAUCGCCAACGGCCUGGAAACGUUUUCAGGGUUUAAAGUAGAUAUCUGGUCUGCUGGAGUCACACUAUACAACAUAACCACAAGUCUGUACCCGUUUGAAGGAGACAACAUCUAUAAGCUGUUUGAGAACAUUGGCAAAGGUGACUACACUGUUCCUGAGGAGUGUGGGCCGCCACUGUCUGAUCUCCUGAGAGGAAUGCUGCAAUAUGAUCCUGUGAAGAGAUUCUCAAUACAACACAUCAGACAACACAACUGGGUUCGUAAGAAACACCCUCCCUCAGAACAGCCGGUCCCCAUCCCGCCCAGCGCUGAAACCCAUGACCCCUGUAGGAGCAUGACAGUGGUGCCAUACCUGGAGGAUCUCCACGGUUACGGUGAGGAGGAGGACGAUGAUAUGUUUGAAGAUGACAUCAUAUACACUCAGGACUUCACAGUACCAGGACAGGUACAUGAGGAUGAGGAAGAGCGUCCUCCAGAGCGCACGUGUGCUGUGGCCAAACCGCCGUGUGUGAACGGGAUGGAGUCAGCGGCACUGAAACCCAAAUCUGAGCGGCGUUCCAGCUCUUCAUCAAAUCCCUCCAGGAAGGGUUUAUCUGCAGCGAGCAAGAUCCGCAAACUUUCCACCUGCAAGCAGCAAUGACCUCAUCUGUCUGAUCUUCUGCUCCUCUGUACAGGUUUCUGUUGUUUUCCCUGAACACUGUUCCCACCGCACAUUUCUGCCCUCGACAUGAGCUCCACACACUAGACGAGACGGCACACGGACACUUGUGUUUCUCAUCCCACCGCAUCCGGAACGGACCCACUUCAUUUGAGGAAGCUGUUCAAGAGCGGACAUGUUUUUCCCACAAUCCUCCUGCUCUAUCUCUCUCUAAGGUGUCUGUUGCACCAAAGACGGUGUGGAUGUUUAUUGUGUAGCGAGCCGAUGGUGCACAUGUGACCUCACAGUUUAGUUUUAGAGCCUCUUUUUCAUUUCUGUUGGACAAACACGUCCGUUCAUGGAGAGAGACCGUGGCACAAACCAGAAGAAUAUAAAACCAUGUCUAAAAAACAAACGCUUUCAAACACUGCAUGCUGGGAAGAGUUUGGAGGACGCAGACGACCCCCCCCCUUUUGGCUUGUUUUUUGUUUCUUUUCAAUAUUUUUAAAGUAUUAUUUAUAUAAAACACAUCUCAACCGAUGGAAGCGGAGUUGAUGGUCGUUUGUUUGUUUGUUUGUUUGUGGGAGAAAAGUGAUUUGUGUCUUUCCUCUGAUUAAAGGCCUCACGUCGUGAGCAAACACUUAAUCCCCAUAUACUCAAACAUUUAUUCUCAACUCAACUGCAAAACCUUUCCCUUUAUUUCCCUUUUCUUCAAGACACACCAGCAAAUAACCGACAGUGUUAUUGUACGCUAAGAGAAAAUCUGUUGAAUGGAGUUUCGGUGCAAAUCUACUUGAGUCAGAUUAUAAAUGGAGUUUGUGGGAGAAAUAAAAAGGUUUGAAAGCUG